AUGCCAGCCAAAUCUCCAAAACGUUCAAAGAGGGUGAAUUUAAUGAAUCCAAAUUUAACAGAUGAGGAUAUUUCGAGAAUUUGUAAAGAGCAAUAUGGAAGUAUUCCAGGCACAGAUUUUGCAGUUAAAUUAACAGAAGCAGUUUUGGCUAUAAACAAAGGGAUUUACCCAGAGCUUAUUUCUGAGGGAUCUUCUGGCUCUUAUUUAGUCAAAAAUUUGGGAAAGGAGAAAAUCGCUGUCUUUAAACCAAAAGAUGAAGAGCCUUAUGGAGAAUUAAACCCAAAAUUCAUGAAGUGGAUACAAAGAAUGUGUUGUCCUUGUUGUUUUGGACGUUCUUGUCUCGUUCCAAAUCAAGGUUAUUUAUGUGAAGCUGGUGCAUCUUUAGUUGAUCAAAAACUUUCUUUGAAUAUUGUUCCCAAAACGGCGGUUGUUUCUCUUUCAUCUCCAACGUUUAAUUAUACGCGUGUUGAUCGAGCUAUGGCGAGAACAAAAGAAAGGAUUAGUUAUCGUUUUGUAAGGCCCUCAAAAAAUAUUCGGCAUAUUGGAUUACCUCGAAAGCGUGGAAGUUUCCAACUUUUUGUGAAUGGUUACCAAGAAGGAAAUUAUUUAAUACGACAAUGGGAACUUUUUCCAGAGAAAUCACCUCCACCUUCUGUAAUGUCUGAAUUCCAAUUAGAAUUUGAAAAAAUGGUUAUUCUCGACUAUUUGAUUCGAAAUACUGACAGAGGAAAUAAUUGGUUAAUUAAAUAUACUCCUGGAAUGGAAGUGAAAAAUAAUCAAGAUUUAAUAGUAGAAUCUAGUUCUGAUUCUAAAUUAAUUGAACAUGAAGAAGAGAAUAAUAAUGUUUGUAUCAAAAUUGCUGCAAUAGACAACGGACUUGCUUUUCCUUUUAAACAUCCAGAUGAAUGCAGAGCUUAUCCUUUUCAUUGGGCCGAUCUUUUAAUUGCUCAACGUCCAUUUAGCGAAGAAAUUGUCAAUAAAAUAUUGCCUUUAUUGGAUAAUACAGAUUUUGUGAAAGAAUUGGGUAAUGAGCUUCGAAAAAUAUUUGAGUCAGACAAAGGGUUUAAAAAGAGAAUAUUCUCCAAACAAUUAUCUGUAAUUCGUGGUCAAAUGUUUAAUUUACGAGAAGCUUUGCGUAAAAGAAAAUCGCCUGCUCAACUUGUUCAGAUGACUCCAGUUUGUAUGAUAGAAAUAGAAACAAAGAAGAAACGUAAAUUCCCAAAAUUUUCUAAAAAAGGCAAACAAGAAAAUGAAGAAAAACAAAUUCAAAUUGUUGAUGAUUCUCCAAAAGAUGUAGAUGAUGAAUUAGCUAAUCCAAAAUCUUGGAGAAAUAUAUUUAAACAAAAAAUACAGAAAAAGUCACCACUUUUUAAAAUGUGUUGAAUUUUGUUUGGAAGAAUAAUUUUGGAAGAAAAUAUUAAAUAAAGAAUACAUUUUGAUUUACUCUACAUAUUUCAUUUUAACUACCAAUAUUUUAUUUAUUCAGUAAAAUUUCUUGUUGUCAGCGACGCUGUUCAUUUUGUUGC